UUGUGCGAAUUGACCUGAAGAGCACAGUCUCUUGGGAGCUCCCAGCAAUGAUGCUUUUCUUCCUUUCCUGCCUGCUGGCUGUCUUACCAGUGGCUUCCAUGAAGAGUCCUAUAUUUGGGCCUCAGGAGAUGAACAGGGUAGAAGGCAGUUCAGCUUCCAUCAAGUGCUACUAUCCUCCUACCUCUGUGAACAAACAUACUAGGAAGUACUGGUGCCGGCAGGAAAACAACGGCAUAUGUACAACCCUCAUCUCCUCACAGAACUACAUAUCUAAAGACUAUAAAGACAGAGCCAAACUUACUGACUUCCCAGAGAACAAUACAUUUGUGGUGGACAUUUUCAAUCUUACUAAGGAUGACUCUGGGCUUUACAAGUGUGGUCUGGGAAUUAAUAGCCGAGGCCUGUCCUUUGAUGUGAACCUACAGGUCUUCCAAGGUCCUGUACUCCCUGAAGACAAUGAAGUCUACAAAGAAGUCCUGGGAGGAACAGUGAGCAUCGACUGUCCUUUUAAAAGCGAGAAUUCUCAGGAAGUCAAGUCAGUGUGCAAAAGAAGAGACAAAGAUUGCAUCCCAGUCAUUGACUCCUCUGGGUAUAAAAACCCUGAUUAUAAGAAUAGAGUAAAACUUGAUUUUUCAGGUGGUACCAAUGAUUUCAAAUUUACUUUUAUCAUAAAACAGCUGCAGUUUACAGAUGCUGGGAUAUAUGUUUGCCAGGCUGGGGGAUCUUAUAAUGAUAAAAAAAAUGUUUACCUACAACUGCUGAACUAUAAUUCUGAACCUGAGCUGGCUUAUGGAAACUUGAGAGGCUCAGUGACCAUUGAUUGUGCUGUAGACCCCAAUGUGGCAAAUAAGGCCAAAUUUCUGUGUCGGAGGAGCAAUGGGAAAACCUGUGAUGUGGUCAUUAACACCUUGGGGAAUAAAGCUCAGGCCUUUCAAGGAAGAAUCCUGCUCACUUCCAAAGCCAAUGGUUUAUUCAGUGUACUGAUCACGGGCCUGAGGAAGGAGGAUGCAGGACAGUACCUGUGUGGAGCUAGCUCUCUUGGUGAGCCUGAGGAAGAAUCACCUACCCAAGCUUGGCAACUCUUCAUUAAUGAAGAGACCCCAAUCCCCCCUAGUCCUUCUGUGGUGAAAGGUGUGGAAGGAGGCUCUGUGGCUGUGCGCUGCCCCUACAACCCCAAGGAAAGAAACAGUGUGAAGUAUUGGUGUCGCUGGGAAGGUAGUAAUAACGGCAAUUGCCCAUUGUUGGUGCAAAGUGAAGGGUUGUCCCAGGAACAAAGCAAGGCUUAUGAGGGGAGGCUUGCUCUAUAUGAAGAACCAGGCAAUGGCACCUACACUGUCAUACUCAACCAGCUAACCAUCAAAGAUGCUGGAUUCUACUGGUGUCUGACCAAUGGUGAUAUUCAUUGGACAUCAGUGGUGGAACUAAAGAUUGUUCAAGGAACACCAACUCUCAAAGUACCCACAAAUGUCACUGCUUUGGAAGAAGGCACCACAAAUAUUUCCUGCCACAUACCCUGCAAAUUUUACUCCUAUGAAAAAUACUGGUGCAAAUGGACCAACAAUGGUUGCAAGACCAUACCUAACCAAGGCAAUGUCUCCAACCAGCCUGUUGUUAGUUGUAAUCAGAAAAGCCAACUCAUUAAUCUGACUCUAAGCUCAGUAGCAGAAAAGGAUGUAGGAUGGUACUGGUGUGGAGUAAAAAACAACUCUCGAUAUGAAGACACUGUGGCAGUUUAUGUGGAAGUCAAGAAGAGGAUAAAGGGUGAGUCUCCAGGGAAUCUCUGAUAUACUUUUGUGAUCUUAAAGAAAGUUAAUUCUGCUCCUAGAGGAAAGGUGAUAGACUCAAGUGUCAGGGCAAUUGAGAACAAAGCUAUCCAGGAUGCCAGCCUUGUUUUGGAUGACAGAGCAGUGAACGAAAUAAAAAAUUCUGCUGAUGGGAGCAAAGAAUCCACAGACAUGAACAGUUCUUCAGGACAAGAAAGGAGCUCCAGCAUACUAGUUUAUACCCUAGUACCCCUUGCCCUAGUGUUGGCAUUGGGAGCUGUGGCAUUGGGAGUGGCCAGAGCCAGGCAUAGAAGAAACGUGGAUCGUGUUUCAAUUAGAAGCUAUAAAACAGACAUUAGCAUGUCGGACUUUGAGAACUCCAGGGAUUUUGGAGCACAUGACAACAUAGGAAACUCUCCAUUCAAUCAAGAGACAAAUCUUGAAGGAAAUACAGAUUUCAUCACUACCACAGUGGACACCGUGGAAACAGAAGAAACCAAAAAGACCAAACGGUCAUCCAAGGAGGAAGCUGACAUGGCCUACACCAACUUCCUUCUUCAGACAAACAACAUGGCUACCAAUUUCCAGGAAAAACCAAGUGAAGUCUAGACUGAGUAUCAGCCACCCUCUUUAUCCAUCACAAUCACAUUCAUAAUCACAUUGAUCCUUAUUGUCCUCA